AUGGUGUCCCUAGUCGCCGAUCAGCCUGAUCCGCUAGGCUCUCAACGAAAUAAACGAUCCGAUCAGCAACCGCCGAAUCAACAAGUAUCCUAUUCAUCCGAAUCGUCCGGCAAUGCGGUCGCAUCCGAAUCUCCCUCCCAGUACUCCUCCUUCUCGAGCUCCGACAGCGAUGACCCAACCCCGCACUUCGACAGUUAUGCGAACGAAGACGACGCCAGCGAUGUCGUCGGUGUCAGCAUUGGCCCCACCCAGAGUCGCAUGAAAGCUCGCGCAACACCCGCCGAAGAGAAAAAUCGUAUCCUGGAAUCCCAUGGCGGUUACUUCACCGAGGUGCCGGAAACCGUCGGCGAGGAUGGACUGUUCGUCUCCGAACUCACGGCGGAGCCCGAAUCGGUGGAGUCUGACAAUUUGGCGGCCCAACAAGCUACGCAGGCUAAGCGGACGACUCAGAGGGCUCCAGGCGUGCAUCCUCAUGCACAGUCCUUGCCGGUGGAGCGCCGGACGCCACGCGGCCCCCACAUCGGAGGCUCUGCGUCGGCUGCCGCGUCGCAGGAACCCAAGGAGUCCGGACAUCAUCGAUCAAGCUUCACUCGGUCUUUGCUAAAGACUUCGCUUCCUCGUCGGCCGCGAGCUUGGUCUGGGGAGCUGAAAAGGUUUCUUCCGGACCUGGGUGCGUUGGCGAAGCGGCCAACACUGCCGUUUCUAUCCGGCAAUGCCCACAAUCGGGCUCGCAGUCAAACCGUAGAAGGCGCCGGGAAGCGAGGCCCGGCAUCUAUGCAGAAGAGGACUGCUUCGUUGGAUCGGCGUCAUCCCCCUUCGCCUCCGUUGCCCAAUGGAGCAGGCCAUGAAUCUGAUGAAGCUGAUGAUGGCCAUCAUGUUCCGGAGUUACAGUCGGUGGAAGCAAGCUCCGCCGUAAAGCAUUCUUACGCCCGACGACCUAGUGCGACGCCGGGACGACCGCCAAGUCUACGCCGAUCAUCUUCGGAUCAAUCAUUGUACUUGCGUGCAUCGUCCACGGCAUCGUCGUUGGAACAACGGCCGCGAUAUGAGAAUGUGCAUUCUCAGGUCAACAGCCGGUUCAAGGCGAUUAAAGAUUCCUUGCAAGAUUCAAGCAGCCGUUUGCUUAGUAUGCCAGGCUUGAAUCUACAAGACAUUCGUAAUGAUUGGCACUCGAAGCCGUUUUUUCCUGAUCUGGGAGGCUCAUCGGCUUCGGCUGAUAAAGAGCUGAAUGGCUUGGCCCAUCCGGCUGCGACACCGCCUCCCCCUCCGCGACAGAACACGCAGUCUACACAUCCAAUCCUGGAAGAAGCCAUGUCGGAGUUGACCGGUGAUAUCGUGAUCCUGGGUGGUUAUCGAGGCUCCAUCUUGCGAUCUGCCAAGCCACCACAUCGCCAGUUAUGGGUUCCAAUGAAGGUGGGAUUGAAUUUACGCAAGGUCGAUCUGGAGGUUGGUCUGACCCGGGAAGAUGAAGAGCGCAUGGAAGAGAAAAUCAUUCCAUCCGGGGUACUUUCCCAUGUUGGCCCCGUGGAUGUAUGCCGUCGACUGAUGAAACGGCUCCGCAAAUCGGAGAAUGCCAUUCGCGGUGAUCUUCGCGUCUGGGACUACGGCUAUGACUGGCGUCUGAGCCCAGACCUUCUCUCCAAGAGGCUGAUCGAAUUCCUUGAGGGUCUUCCAUCCAACCGCCCGAACGGGGAGACUGGCCAGAAACGCGGUGCCUACGUAGUCGCCCAUAGUCUCGGUGGCCUCAUCACACGUCACGCCGUCAACCAACGUCCCGAUCUCUUUGCCGGCGUCCUAUACGCCGGAGUGCCCCAGCACUGCGUCAACAUUCUUGGCCCCCUCCGGAAUGGCGACGAUGUUCUUCUCAGCUCUCGCGUCUUGACAGCUCAGGUGAACUUCACCUUCCGUACUAGCUUUGCCCUACUCCCAGAAGACGGCCACUGUUUCAUUGACAAGCAAUCGAAAGAGGAGUACCCAGUAGACUUCUUCGAUGCCGCAAACUGGGAUGAACACCGUCUAUCCCCUUGCAUUCAACCAUGUCUCCCUCCUACGACAGCCACAGGCCGCGGCUUCAAAGAGUUCGCUCUAAUCGGGAAACGUUUCUCCCUUGGACCACGCGAAGACGCCGAAACCAACGUCCAGGAUUUCGCAGACUUCCACGAGCAAACCGAAGCAACGGAUGAAGAUAUCACCGCACGCAACCCACCCCGCUCUGCCCACUCUGUUUCUCACUCUCCUUCGCGCGGUGCUGCCGAAAAGAUCCAGGAGAACAUUCAUCCUCCAGCCGAUGGAAUAGUAGGCCCAGUCUCACACCCGCGUGGUAGUGCCGGAUCGUCCAAAGCCUCGACAACAAGUACCAUUCCCCGCGCUGUGGCAUAUAAGUACCUGCAACGCACUCUUGCGGAGGUCAAACAGUUCAAGUCGGAGCUGGAAUUCCAGCCUACCCAUCAAGCGGGCAAUAAAUACCCACCUGCUGCUGUGUUAUAUGGCAAGAGUGUGCCAACUGUAUAUGGAGCCCGGGUUACCUCGCGCGAGGCGAUCAAGCAUCAAGAUUGUUAUGAUGAUUUGGCUUUUGCGGCUGGUGACGGUGUUUGUCUCGCUUCUGCUGCGAUGUUGCCGCCUGGAUACCGGAUUAUCAAGGGUGGGCUGGUGAAGAGUGAACGUGGCCAUGUUGGAUUACUUGGUGAUCUUGAGGGUGUGGGCCAGUGUCUGAGGGCCAUUAUCCGAGGACGUCGAGAAGGUGUUGGCAUGGGCAGCCAGAACUGA